CGCCUUCUUCCAUCUUUGUAAACAGUGUGUGCGCAUGCGCAGUCGCGCCGCACUCUAAUGGAGGACAUGUCUGAUCGGUAAUCGUCUUUUUCUGCGCCGUUAUUCUGAGUUGCGCCCUCAACACCCCUCAGCUGAGCCCGCGACACCCUCGAAGUGGCAGAAUGGCUUCGGACUCGGUCUCUCAAAGCUCGCAGAGUCCUGCCACCAGGAUCAUGACCUUUCAUCCCACAAAAGAGGAGUUCAAAGACUUCAACAGAUACAUUGCGUAUAUGGAGUCGCAGGGGGCUCACAGAGCCGGCAUGGCUAAGGUGGUGCCACCAAAGGACUGGAAGCCCCGGCGCACAUACGAUGACAUCGAUGAUCUGGUGAUUCCUGCACCGAUUCAACAGGUGGUCACUGGCCAAUCAGGUCUCUUCACUCAGUACAACAUCCAGAAGAAGCCGAUGACCGUCCGCGAGUUCCGCAAAACUGCCAACACAGACAAGUUCUGUAAUCCCAGAUAUGCUGAUUUUGAUGAACUAGAGAGGAAAUUUUGGAAGAAUUUAACAUUUAAUCCACCUCUAUAUGGGGCAGAUGUCAGCGGAACCCUCUAUGAUCCAGAUGUGACGGAGUGGAAUAUUGGCCGUCUGAACACUAUUUUGGACAUGGUGGAGAGAGAGAGUGGAAUCACAAUCAAAGGAGUCAACACUCCAUAUCUUUAUUUCGGGAUGUGGAAGAGCACGUUCGCCUGGCACACAGAGGACAUGGAUCUCUACAGCAUCAACUACCUUCACUUUGGAGAGCCCAAGUCCUGGUACAUUGUGCCUCCAGAACAUGGGAAGCGAUUAGAGCGUCUUGCUAAAGGAUUUUUUCCUGGAAGUGCCCAAAGUUGUGAAGCCUUCCUGCGCCACAAAAUGACUUUAAUUUCGCCGUCAAUUCUGAGGAAGUAUGGAAUACCCUUUGAGAAGGUCACACAGGAAGCAGGCCAGUUCAUUGUGACCUUCCCGUAUGGAUAUCACGCAGGGUUUAACCAUGGCUUCAACUGUGCAGAAUCCACCAACUUCGCCACCCAGCGCUGGAUCAAUUAUGGAAAGCUGGCAACAUUAUGUUCCUGCCGGAAGGACAUGGUGAAGAUAUCCAUGGAUGUCUUCGUCCGCAAGUUCCAGCCAGAACGCUAUAAACUUUGGAAAGCAGGAAAGGACAGUGCGCCCAUCGACCACUCAAAGCUCACACCAGAGGCAGCAGAGUUCCUGACAGAUGGAAAGACAGAGAAAGAGACAGGAGAGCUCAGCGAUAGCAGCAAAGCAGAAACACAGCAGAAGAGAGGAGAAGCAGAGGCUGGAGAGGAGCAGAAAGCAAACACAGACGGUGGAGAGGAGGACAAAACUGAAAUGUUGAAAAGGGAAACCGAUGGUGCGAAGAUGAAAGCAGAAGCAGAGAAAGGAGGUCUGGAGGUCGAGGAGAAGAAGCCUGUUAGUGAUGAAGAACCGAGCGGCACUUCAGAGCCGAUCAACAGUAGUAGUCCAAAGCAGAAUGUGGGGCAGAAGCGGCUCAGACCCAGCCCUGACGAGGGAGCAAAAGAUGACGACAAUCAAGUGAAGGUAGAAGAAGAGGAGGAAGUUGAGAAGAAGAAAGCCAAACUCAUCCAGACUGAGACAGAUGACAAGAAUGAACAAUCCAUCUCCACUGAACCAGGUGAUGUGCAAGCUGAGAAGACGAUGGGGACAGAAAUGACCCCGCCACAACAGCAAGAGAAUCAAGCCCCUCCCUGCAUGGAGGUGGAGCUCUCGCCAUCAGACCCCACCUCCAGCAGUGACAUCACAAUGCAGAAAAGAGACGUCGUCACUCCCUCUGAACCCAGCGACGUCACCUCAUCCUCACAAUCCACAAACAGCAUCGCUGAUGAUGAGGCUCCGAGCAGUGAUGUCACCUCUCAGUCCGAGCACGUCACUCAAAGCUGUGAUGUCCAAAGCAAGACAUCAGUUGACAUCAAUCAAAACGGAGACCUCACUGAUGCCCAGCAGAGUGAAGUCACGUCCCAUUCGUGUUCCAGUGACAUUCCUGAUGCUGACAUCACACCUCUCAUAUCCGUAACCAGCAGUAUCUCCUCUCUACAUGGCAUUAACUCUGCCCACACCUGUGAUGUCUCCGCAGAAAACAGUGACAGCACUAUAAAUACCAUCAUCCCUAGUCCAAGUGAGCCAGGCAAUAACUCCUCCCACAUCUAUGAUGGCCAACCAGAACCCAGCGACAUCACAUUCACCCAUAAAAAUGAACCCGGCAUUGACUCCGCCCACACCUGUGAUGCCCAACCAAAACUCAGCAACAUCACCCUCAGCCCUAAACACGAACCCAAUGUUAACUCCGCCCACAGCUAUGAUGUCAUCACAGAACCCGGUGACAUCAGGGUCAGCCCUGAACAUGAACCCAGCAUUACCUCCGCCCACAGUUUUCAUGUCCACCUAGAACCCAAUGACAUCAAUGUCAGUGCUGAGAAUGAACCCAGCAUUAGCUCCGCCCACAGCUGUGAUGUCCAACCAGAACCCAGCAAUGACACCAUCAGCGCUGAUCACGAAUCCAGCAUUAGCUCCGCCCACAGCUGUGAUGUCCAACCAGAAUCCACCGACAUUACCGUCAGCGCUGAACACGAACCUAUCAUUAGCUCCGCCCACAGCUGUGAUGUCCAAACAGAAUCCCCCGACAUUACCGUCAGCGCUGAACACGAACCUAGCAUUAGCUCCGCCCACAGCUGUGAUGUCCAACCAGAACCCAGCGACAACACCAUCAGCGCUGAUCACGAAUCCAGCAUUAGCUCCGCCCACAGCUGUGAUCUCCAACCAGAACCCACCGACAUUACCGUCAGCGCUGAACACGAACCUAGCAUUAGCUCCGCCCACACGUAUGAUGUCAUCACUGAACCCAGCAGCAGCAUCAUCAACCUUAAUCUCGGCGAGUCACGGUGUAGCUCUGCGUCAGCGGGCGGCAGUCAGGUGUGUCCUCCUGCAGUCCAGCACAUCUUCCAGAGAACACUGAGCCCCGCGGAGGUCCUGCACGUCCACAGCUACGCUAAAGGAGAUUACAGCAAUUUCGAGCCACGCAUUCAGCAUGAGAGAGAACGAGACAGCGACUCUGAUAGCGAGUCUCAAGAGGACAGCAAGAAAGAAGCUGAACAUCCGGUGGAAGCUCAGCACAGACUUCCCAGACUCCCCAGGCACCAUCCUCUGAUGAAGGACAGCAUCAGUGACGAGGAGCUGCAGGAUCAGGCUGCGUCAGAGGAGGACGGGCUGGACGGGGAGGCCUGGGCACGACCUUUGGCCCAGCUGUGGCAGAACAGACCGUAUAAUCCAGAAAGAGAGCGAGAGUACAACAGAGAGAUGGGUCUGCGGCCUCCGUACUGCGCUGUGUGUGUGCUCUUCCAGGCACAUCAGCGGUCUGAAGGGGGCGAGAGCGAGCCGACUGUGGUGCUCCCCGGCGGUCAGAUGAGGACCAAGCCUCUGAUUCCAGAGAGAUGUUUCAGCACCACCACCGAGGACAGUGCAGACGUCCAGCCGUCCACACCUCACCUGGAGGAGGACGGCACCAGUCUGCUCAUCAGCUGCUCCCUGUGCAGUGUCCGUGUGCACACUAGUUGUUACGGUGUGGCUGCAGUAAGAGUCUCCAAAGACUGGAAAUGCACCCGCUGUAAAGCCAACGCUCUCACCGAGGGUUGCUGUCUAUGUUCGUUGAGAGGUGGAGCAUUGCACAGAGCCAAUAAUGGCAAAUGGGUUCAUGUCCUGUGUGCGGUGGCAGUGCAGGAGGCUCGCUUUGUGAACAUCGCUGAACGAUCGCCCGUGGAUCUCAGCGGCAUCCCCUUACAGAGAUUCAAGCUGAAAUGCUACUACUGCAAACGGCGGAUGAAGAAAACGCUGGGCUGUUGUGUGCAGUGCUCUCACGGUCGCUGCCCCACCUCAUAUCACCCGACCUGCGCACAGGCCGCCGGCGUUAUAAUGCACCCGGACGAUUGGCCCUUCAUCGUCUAUGUCACCUGUUGCCGCCACAAAGGGCCGGUACAAUCAGAGCGUAAUAAAGCAGCCAUGAGAGAGCUCGGCGUGGGUCAGAAGGUCAUCUGCAAGCACAAAAAUGGACGCUACUACCAGUGUGAGGUCAUACAGCUGACAAAAGCGACAUUUUAUGAGGUCAACUUUGAUGAUGGCUCCUUCAGUGAUAACCUUUUCCCAGAGGACAUUGUGAACCGAGACUGCGCUCAGCUGGGUCCUCCACCGCAGGGGGAAGUGGUUCAGGUCAGAUGGACAGACGGUCUUGUCUAUGGAGCCAAAUUCGUGGCAGCUCAUGUUAUUCAGAUGUACCAGGUGGAGUUUGAGGACGGAUCACAGCUGACUGCUAAGAGAGAUGACGUCUACACCCUAGACGAAGAGCUGCCCAAGAGAGUCAAAUCUCGUCUGUCGAAGGCAUCGGACAUGCGUUUCGAUGGCAUGUUUGGAGAGAAGAAGGUCCAGGAGAGCAAGAGACAGAGAGUGAUCAACUCCAGGUACAGAGGCGACUACAUCGAACCCGUCAUCUACCGAGCCAUCAUGGAGUAGCCAGCGAUGACCCAGCCUUCACCCGAAACCCACCAGCACUCAUCCAGCGUCUCCAGCACACCCUGCCAAUGUCAGUAGCGUUCAGUUCGCAGGGGUCGGACACCUGGAUGGGUUUGAUCGCUCCUCGGUGGACUAUUACUAGCUCUCAGUCCACCAUCUAUUCUGAUACAUGGGUCUGGAGUCGAGGCAGGGUGUUUCACAGUGUCUUUCUCAGAAAAUGCAGCUUUGUCAUUGGAUGUGACGCCCUUUUAACCUCAGCGCUGUGAAACUGUGCCACAAACACUCUAGAAACACAUCAGCAUGAACAUCAGGUUCAUGGAGUCGCUCCAAAUUACAUUCGUUUGAUACAGAAUAUUUGUAAUCUCCGUUUCAUAAAAUCUACUUUUAUCAAAUUGCAUUAAUUUAAUGACUUAAUUGAGGGUGCUGUUUCUACCCGUGUUUUACCGAAAGGAGGUGCCAUUGCCAUUUUAUGCAUGCAGAUCUCCUUUUUUAAGAUCUACACUGUCAUAAAUUGCGCAGUCGAGAUCCUGAAUAUUGUACAUAAUUUGGAACAUAAUGAAUUCAAGUGUGUCUUCGAGUCAUUUUUUACAAGCCUAUUUAUUACUGGUGCUUUACAAAAGUCAAUUUUGCAAUAUGAGUUCCAGUCCUGUCGAAGUUCGACACAGAUAGGUGUGUUCUGGUUUUGGAAAGAGGAUCGCAUAGAUACUGAAAUGCCAAGGAUCUCACUUUCACAGCUGUUCGAGCCCUGCCUUGCACUCUGGUUCAGUACACUUUCAUUCAGACGUUUCUAUUAAUGUAGCUUCUUACUGCUGUCGACAUUUUAUCAGAAGCCCCUACGGUUUUAAUAAGCUAUUUUUGCACUUCUCAGCUGUACUUUUAUGAACUGUCAUCUUUGUCCUUGCAGUAGCCAAGCUCUUGAGACCGAAAUGCAUUCAUGAAAGCUGAGGAGGCCGUUGUUCGGACUGUCUAGCUGAUGGCAUUUGCAGAAAGUAAGGUUGUUGCAGUCCUUCAGUCGUUCGAGAGAUAGAUAGGGCUAAUCUUCACUAUAAAAAAGAAAAAUAUAAAAGAUUUUUUCUAUCAAGAAGCCUAUUUUAUUGCUUUGUUUUAUAAUACAUGUUUAAUGUUCAUAUACUGUGAGAUAGAGUUGUAUGUAGUUAAUUUAAGAAAUCUUGAGCUUUCGGCACGUUUCUUCUGCCUCUUGUGUUGCUUUCAAACAUGAGCCUCGUUCUCACUGCACUUCUGAAUGCAGAGGCUCUAGGACUUCCAUACAUGUAUUUUGUAAAAAUCGUUAAUGUGCAUCAGUAAAAGAUGUGAGCUGA